GUUUACAAGCGUUAAUCGAUGGUAGUCUUAUUUUGAAAUUUGAGGCCGGACGUUUCAUUCCUAAUACUCUGGUUACCUUUACAAACCCAUGGACAGCCAGACGUGCCUUCUCUCGUCGAGUAAGUUCAGUGUCCACACAGCACAUCUCUCCCUCUUCGCCUCAGUUUCGCGUACCUUUGCACCACCACCGGGUGUUCCAUCAGAAGACUCGCCGCGAGAGGAGCGCCAUGGCCCGCGUGGUGGUUGACGGGAUGCCGGACACGGUCGUCGGUGGAGGAGUGAUGCUUAACCGGCGGAGGAGCAAAGCCAGACGGAGAAAGCGAAAGGAGUUGUUCGCCGUCCAGAUGUGCUUUGCGGGGGUACUGCUAGGGCUCGUCGUAGGGAUCCAGUGUGUGGCACAGAAAGCAGGAUAUCAUGUCUCCAGCACCAUGGUUGUGGAGGAGGCGAGGUGGGGUAGUCGUCACCUUCUACAAGAUGUUUAUGACAAUGAAUCCAAGCUCUACUCUGAGCCUGAGAAAAACUGCACUGAACCAGCAAUCCAUGAGUUCCCCAGGGACUACUUCACCAACCAGGAGCGAGCAGAAGGAGCAGUGGGCCUGCAUGUCCUCUGUGCGGUCUACAUGUUCUAUGCCCUGGCAUUGGUGUGUGAUGACUACUUUGUCCCCUCACUAGAGAAGAUAUGUGAGCGUCUUCAUCUGAGUGAGGAUGUUGCUGGAGCGACCUUCAUGGCAGCAGGCAGUUCAGCUCCUGAGCUGUUCACCUCUGUCAUUGGAGUGUUCAUCACUAAAGGUGACGUUGGGGUCGGUACCAUCGUAGGCUCAGCCGUCUUCAACAUCCUCUGUAUUAUUGGAGUGUGUGGAAUAUUUGCUGUACAGACGAUUCAUCUCUCCCGCUGGCCUCUGCUCAGAGACUCUGUCUACUAUACUUUGUCUAUUUCUGCUCUUAUAGUGUUUAUAUAUGAUGAAAAAGUGGUUUGGUGGGAAGCUCUGACGUUGAUUUUGAUGUAUUUUGUCUACAUUUUGAUCAUGAAGUUGAAUUCCCAUGUUGUACGUUUCCUGGAGAGGAGGAGGAAGAACUCAUCCAGUUUGAGGAACGGAACGGCCAGUAAUGCUGAACUAGAUGAUGGCUGUGAUGCUACAGCUGUUCUAUUGAAGAAAGCGAACCACCACAGGAAGCCAUCAGUGCUGAUGGUGGAUGAGCUGCUGUCAGCAUAUCCCCAUCAGCUGUCCUUCUCCGAAGCUGGCAUGAGGAUCAUGAUCACCAGCCACUUCUCCCCUAGAACACGCCUCACCAUGGCCUCAAGAAUGCUCAUCACUGAGAGACAGCGUCUAAUCAACACACGGACUUUGACCAAUGGUGACUCAGAUGUUCCAGUGAAAGGAGGAAGUAGGCGGGGCAUAGAAAAUGGGCUGUCUGGGGCAGAGAGGGGUGUCAGCAUUCGCCAUGACGACAGGGAGACAGGCAAUGAGACAGAGAAUGAGGACAACGAGAACAACGAGAAUGAUGAAGAGGAGGAAGAGGAGGAUGGAGAGGGACCCUUUGUACCCUUCCAAUGCCCAGCGGGUGUGUGUAACAAGCUGAAAUGGUUGCUGGCCUGGCCUCUGUGCCUGCUGCUGUACUUCACUGUCCCCAACUGCUCCAUGCCUCGCUGGGAGAACUGGUUCAUGCUGUCCUUCAUCUCCUCCACCCUGUGGAUCGCAAGUUUCUCCUACAUCAUGGUCUGGAUGGUAACAGUUAUAGGCUUCACACUAGGCAUCCCGGAUGUCAUCAUGGGCAUCACCUUCCUAGCAGCUGGCACUAGCGUACCUGACUGCAUGGCCAGCCUUAUAGUGGCAAGACAAGGAAUGGGAGACAUGGCGGUGUCCAACUCCAUCGGCAGUAACGUGUUUGACAUCUUGGUAGGGCUUGGUCUCCCUUGGGCUCUGAAGACCCUGGCUAUCAACUAUGGCUCUGAUAUUAAACUGAACAGCAAAGGACUGAUCUUCUCAGUGGGUCUCCUGUUGGCGUCUGUGUUUCUUACAGUUCUUGGAGUUCACUUAAACAAGUGGACAUUGGACAAACGCCUGGGUCUCAUAUGUCUCCUCCUCUACUCUGUUUUCCUGUCUUUCUCCUGCCUCAUCGAGUACAACAUCUUCACCUUUGUCAACCUGCCAACCUGCCGGGAUGACUGAUCCAUACAGACACACACACACACACACACACACACACACACAAACACACACUACACAAACUACUACUUGCCUAACCCUAACCCUUAGCCUAACCUUAAAACAUCUUCAUCUUAAUAUUUGAUGAUUUAUGUUAUGGGGACUUGCUUUUUGUCACCAGAAGUGACAGAUUUAGGUCCCCACAACAUUAGUAAUCCCUAGACUACACACACACAAACAUGUAGAACAUGUUUUCCUUCUUUCAAAGGAUUACCUUAACCUUAAACCAAGUCUUUGACCUACAAUGAAAUGAUUUAGGUUGGGGAGAACUUGCUCUUUGACCCCCCUAGAAUAGAUAGCAGUGUGACUGUGUAAACAGUUUUAUGUCCCCAGUAGUAUACCUCCUCCACCACCCACCACACACACAUAGAUGGAAAAUGUGUGCACACACCAACACUAGAAGUGGUGUUGCAGUAUUAUAUAGUAUUAUAUAGAUGGUGUACAAUGAUAGAAUGAGAACCACAAAAUAUCAUUUUAAAGCUAAUCAACAGCAGGAUCCCACUCUGCUCUGUUUUUGAUGCUUGUCUUUCUGCUUAGUGCAAUAAGGGGCUGGUGCUCUGGUGUUUGCUAAUGACUAGAGUAUGGGAUUGAUUUCAGAAGCAGCGAUGAACUCAAUACAAGCCCUCACACAGAGCAGCACCGAGGACGACAACAACAAAAACUUUCUCUGACUACUGCCUCUGUUGUGAGGAAAUUCAUUUUGAAACUUCCCGUAUUUAGUUGUGAAAGUUGUUAUGUUUACUAGCUGCUAACCUUUCCUGUGAGGAAAGGUGUAUCUUUUAGAUUACUACUACUACUAGUUGAGAGUAAUAAUAAUAAAAGCAAUGAUGUAAGUGGGUGGGAGGGUGUAGCUCAGUGCUGUGGCACAGACAAUGAAGAUUUGCUGAGUCGUUUAAACAAAGUUAGAGCCACAAUUUGAAGUCUUCAGGCAGAGAACACAAUCUGUUAUGCAGAUGAAUACAUUUCUCAAGCACCAUUAUCUUAUGUGUUCAUAAAUAAGUCCAUUGAUUACGUUCUCCAGUUUUGUUUUGUUUUUUGUUUUUUUUUGUUUCUGGAAAUAUAGCUACAAGUCUUUGUGAAAAAUACCCAAAACACAAACCUCCCUACACAGAACCAGGGCAUUAUCCAGUCAUCUUUUUAUGAAUUAACUUCAAUAACAUCAUAGCUGUAGCUUCUAUGUUUUGUAUUGGGAAUUAAUUAGUUUAAUGGAGAGUUUUUCUUUUCCUUCUGUAAAUAGUGCACCUCUGUAAAUACCCCCAGAUAUUUUAUUUAUUAUUUAUUUAUGUCAGACGCACAUUUCUCCUCUGGAGGUCGCAAAAACACGUGGGCAGGUUUUA